AUGUCAAUUGUGUCAAUCUGUCAAUGAAGAGUUGCAGUCUCGGAGCUCGCUGCUAUUAACACUGACACACCGGAUGACCAGGCCGUGCUCCUUCAGAGGCUUAACACUGCAUGUGACUCACUUGUCAGGCAGAAGAAAAUAGCCCUACACAAUAGUGAUGAGUAUAUCUCUAACAAGAUUGGAGCAACCCUGGCCAGCGGUAUCCCAGGUGUCGGGGCCUGGAUGAAGUGGGAGUUGGGCCAAGACUUUGCAAAGUCUACGCUAGAAGCCUUCGGCUUGGGGGACCUGGACAAGCUGCAAGAAUAUAAAAAGUCAGUUCAAGAUUUUCAGCAUAUCUAUAAUCCUAAGACAGAGAUGGCCUGCAGAAUAGCAUUGAAUGCGGCUGUGAUGACGUGGAAGGAGAUCGUGCAAGACACAGCGAUGGAAAGCGGUACCGAGGUAGUUCAUAUUGGACCUGGCUUUGGGCAGAUUAUCUGCAUGGGACUUGGGUAUCAUCAAAUGCGCAAUAAAAUGCUCAAAAUCAUGGAUGCCGCCGCCGAAAAGGCUAUUAUGUUGCAUCAGGGUUUAAUCAUUCCAAAUGUCAUCCAUUCGCUCGAAUGUGGCAGCGUGGUCACGAACCAGGCUGUCUACCUGGCCAAGCUCGCGGAGCAGGCGGAGCGCUAUGAGGAUAUGGCUGAGAACAUGGUGAGCGUUGCAUCUGAGGACCGCGAACUUAGUGUUGAGGAGCGCAACCUCCUGUCCGUAGCCUAUAAGAAUAUGACUGGCCCUCUCCGUGCUUCCUGGAGAAUAGUCACUUCGGUUGAACAGAAUGAGAUCAAGGCCAACUAUGCUGAGGUUAAUCUCAUCAAAGAGUACCGCCAAAAGAUUGAAAAUGAGCUCGCCAUGGUCUGCAAGGGUAUUCUUGAUAUCAUCAACACGCACCUGAUCCCCUCUGCCACGUCUGUCGAGGGUAAAGUCUUUUACUACAAGAUGAGCGGUGACUAUCAUAAGUAUCUUACCGAGUUUUCUACCGGAGUCCGCCGCAAGGACUACGCCCAGAAGUCGCUCGAGGCGUACGAAGCCGCCACUCAGGUUGCUCAGGUCGACCUUCCCGCUACUCACCCUCUCCGCCUAGGCCUUGCUCUUAACUUCUCCGUGUUCUAUUAUGAGAUUCUCAACGCCCCCGACAGGGCUUGCCAUCUAGCCAAGAAGGCAUUUGACGAUGCCAUUGCUGAGCUCCCCACUCUAACUGAGGAGAGCUACAAGGACUCAACACUCAUUUUGCAGCUUCUACGGGACAACCUUACCCUGUGGACCUCAUCCGAGGAGUAA